AUGUCCGAAGAUGAAUCCAAGUCUAAGUCUGCGUCAGCUGCCGAGGUUGACUCAGACAAGGCCGAUUUCGAAGACACCUCAGACGAGCCACAGCCCAGCGAUGACGACAAUGAUAACCCGUCAAGCAAAAAACUUAAGAAGAGUGAUCUAUCUUCUGUCCGCCCGUUUGCCCAAGGCAAUACAAGGCGUGAGUAA